CUUAUCCCUGAGCAGCUCACUCGGACAUUCAUUCCCUCCAUUGCGUUAAGGAACGACCCGAGAAUGGCGUCUGGAAAUAGCUGUCUCCUGGACCUGGUCAGGGCGGGCGACGCCGAGGCAGUGCGCGCGGGUCUCGCCUCCCUCGGCCCGCGCGCCACCAAGGACUUCUUCGCUGAGAAGCCGUUGCAUGUUGCAGCCGAAGAAGGUCACGAAGAAGAGAUCAAGACGCUAAUCUCGGUGGGAGUUGAUGUUAACGGCAAAAAUGAUAAGGGUUGGACUCCAUUGCACAGAGCUGCCUUUAACGGUCACAGCUCUGUGGUGACGGUGCUUGUGACUCGAGGGGCAAGUGUGAACGGAAAUGGUAAUCGAGGCUGGACUCCGUUGCACUUAGCUGCCCAGGAAGGCCACGGGUCGGCGGCAGAGGAGCUCAUCGCCAGAGGCGCUGACGUGAAUGCAAAAGAAGAGAAAGGUUGGACACCACUUCACUGGGCUGCUCGAAAAGGUCACAAGGCGAUGGUGGAGAAGUUGGUGAGCAAGGGAGCCGCACCGAAUGCAAAGACAGACGAAGGCUGGAGCCCCCUGCACACGGCUGCCCUCACCGGUCACAGGUCGGUGGUGACGGCGCUCGUGGCUCAAGGGGCAAAUGUGAACGAAAAGGACUGUCAAGGGUUUACUCCGUUACACUUGGCUGCCAUAGAAGGCCACGAGGCGGCGGCGGAGGAGCUCCUGGCGCGGGGAGGCGAGCCCAACGGAAAAGGCGGCCAAGGUUGGACGCCGCUUCACUGGGCGUCUCGAAAGGGCCACGAAGCACUGGUCGAGACCCUGCUUCACAAGGGAGCCGACGGAGGCGCAAAGACAGAUGGAAAUGAAACAGUAGGGCACAUUGCAGCUUCCGAAGGCCAUCUCCAUGUACUUUUUACGCUGGUGAAACUUGGCGUCGCUAUGAACGUGAGGAACAGCCGAGGAAACACUCCCAAGGAAAUGCUGAAAGGAACUUCCACAACUGCAGAUUACGACAUGGAAAUCUUCAAAGGCAUCUCACUGAUAGAGAUAAUGGAGAAAUACCUCGCAGCCGAAAGGAGGAAGGUCAGCCUGCAGAGAGACAACAGCACGCUUCAGGAAAAACGUCUUGGGGAAAGUCAAGGAGAAACAGAAGAACGACGAGAUAGGGAGAUCGAAGCAUCCGGCGAGGUCAGGGAACAGGAGACGACGGUUUCCGUUCUGCAGGACACGAUAAGGUUGUUACAGGAACAAAAUACGAAGGAACUGCUGAGUCUCAGAAACGAGCAGCACCUGAAGGAAGCCGAGGCAGCGAACCAACUGAAGGACGCUCAGGAGACGCUCAAGACUCGAAACAAGAGGAUCAGGACGUUGAAGCGUCAACUAAAGGAGCAAGAGGCAGAGUGUGGACGAUUGAACUCGAUGCUGGAAGUAAAAGAAAGCCAAUUGGAGGAGUCUCUUCAAGCAGGGCCGACGGAUAAUUCUCAGCGCCCGGACUCGCCUGUGUUUGUGCCACAAGACGCAUGCAGGGAGGGAUUCCGACAGGGAGCGAGGAGGAAAAAGUCUCGGCAAGCAGCAGACACCAAGAGAACUUCGCAAGCAGAAGGCAUGGGGAGAACAAGAGCAAGUUCUCGGUCAGAAAACAGAAGGGAGAACGAAGAUCGCCAGUCAACAAACUGGACCAGGACCCCGCAAGCAGCCCCUAGGAGAGAUUCUCCGCAAGCAAGAACCGGAAGGAGAAGAAAUCGUUGGCCAAGCGAAAGGACCGAGUCUCCCCAAGCACGAUGCGAGGACGAGACUCCAGACGGAGGAAGUGAAUACGAGAUUUUCCAGUCUUCUCAGGCAGAGACUGAAGACGAAUCUCCAUGAGAAUAAAGUAGGAAGUGAUACCCACGGGCGGCGAGCGAGUUGCACCUCCUGCAGGGGCGUGAAUGGACGGAGAGAGAGAAAACAGAAGCUUAGGGAGAAGGGAUUAAAAGCAAAGACAAUAGCAGAAAAAAUAAAGAAACCCAUGCAGGUGUUCACUGCACUCUAA